AUGACUGAGGCUGUCAUUCUGGAGGCUGCCAGAGUCUUUUCAAUGGAUGAGGAUUCUCUGUCCCGGGACUGUGAGCCCUUCUUUGAGUCUGAUGGGGAGGAGGAGAGCACUGAUGGCUCUCUGAGUGAGGAAGCUCCUCCACCUCCACGUGGCCUGGCAGUAGGUCACCUUUCGUCUCGCUCUUCUAAGCCCAUGGCAAUGGCUCGUUCACUGCCUGUCUCUGUACCAGUGUGGGGCUACAGGAACAACCAUGCCCCUCAGGGCGACUCUCAUAGUGGAGAACGGGUGGGCUGUACGGACCUGGACCACAUAGCUGCCAGUAUGAAAGCCCUGCUGGUCCCCGGAGCCACAGAUGGAACGGAGAUGUUUGGAGCACUGCCACGACCUCGCCUUAACACGGGUGACUUCUCUCUCAAGCACUGAGAGAAGACGAAUGUGUGCGUAUGUACUGUAUGUUUGAGCGUGAAUGAGAAGGGGUGGGGGACCGCGAGCAUGUUUGUGUGCGAAAGUGAUUUGAACAGAACUGGAGAGUUUGAUGGAUGUUUUUAACAAAGAUGUUGCCAAAUCGUAAACUUCUUCCACAUAUCAUUAAUACUUCUAUGGCACUGAAAGUGGUGAAACCUUUACCAACCCUUCACAUCUGCGGCAGAAGGAGGAGAGGUUUGAUUAGCAUGUCUUAAUUGGAGAAUUUCUUUUGGCGGAUGGUUGUGGCAGACUUUAGUUACAUAGUGCAUUUCAUUGAGAAACACUAACAGAGCAAAAGUACAUAAUUACAUUACUAAUCAUACCCAGCAACUGUCCUCUGCAGUGUGGCAUUUACUGAUAGUAUAUGAGCCUAUUUACACGCUGAGAUACUCGCACAUCCAUCACCAGGGGAGCAUUGUACAUUAGCAAACACUAUAUGUACUUGGAUAUAUAGACUGCUGCAUUCAGAUGUGAAUCCAGUAGUGUAUAUUCCAUGGCAAGAUUGCCAAAGCUGACUAGAUGUUAAUCUGAAUGCUUGCAAAUUAUGUCACUUUCUGCCGGUGUGCACUCAUUUUUAUUUCAGAUACUGUCCUGAAGACUUUCUAAAUCAAUGCUUUGUAAAGCAAAAGACAAUGAGCGGACAAAAAAAUUCGGUAACGAAUGUUUGGGAUUUUUCACCCAUAAAUUACAUGUUUCUGCAUUAUAACUGAUUAAUGUGCUGAUAACUGAUACGAAUGCAGAAAUGCAAAUUGUAUAAUUGUUGAUUAGUAUGAUAACUUCUCAAAUCUUGAUAGACUGAAUGAUAUUUCAAAUAUGAGGGUUUACAACACUACAGAUGUCAACCAGCUAUGCGUUCAUCUUAAACAUUUCACAACUGUUCAAUGUUUAAGUAAAUACGUUUGAAUAAACAAAUUGUUUGUUGUUGAA